CUGGGUUUCGCCUCUUCAGAAACUGAGUGGCAGCGUCUGCCAUUGCAGCACGCGUUUUAUUUGCUUCAGGGCUGCAAUAUCAAAGCACAUAUGUCUUCGGUGCAACAUCCACGGCUCCCCCUCGAGCUCCUCCUCUUGAUAUGCCAACAAACCAACAACCGGGACUCGCUACUCAAUCUCUGCAAGACGUCAUAUGCUUUCCGGGUUCCCGCUCAGCGGAAGCUAUACGAAGACGUCUACCUUGUCGGGUGCUCUCCGCGAGUCAUCUUGUACUGGUGUCGGGUAAUUCGGCGUCGUCCCGACCUCGCCAUCCGAGUCAAGCGAGUCAGGCUGGUGUCACCCACAACCGCAGAAGUGUACCCGGAAGAGGCGGAUAGGAUUUUUCUCGCCCUAACGCGCUGCGUUAAUAUACUAUGGCUGGAGCUGCCUUACGAGGCCGCCACGUAUCAUUCCAGUUGGCUCCUUGGUGCUAUCUCCCGAAUGCAAUGCCCCUUCAGGUUAAUUGUCUUCGUGGGUGGUGCCCAAACCUCGCUCGAGGACAUUCGCUGUAUGCUUCUCCAGCAACCGCGACUCCGCAUUUUGCACUUGCAAAGCAAGUACCUCCCACUAGACCGCCACUUCCUGCGGCGGAUGUCCGACCCCGUUGGAAGGGAUCCUGCGACCGUCCUGCCCUACCUCUUUGCGGUCAAAACGCACUCACCCAAUGUGGAAAUCGAGCGCCAUCUACAGCGCAUCGAGACUGAUAUUGGUGACCUCACUCCUCCGCUCGCGCGAUAUGCAGCGAGUCUGACGGUGUUAAACAUCCAUUUCAACUCCUCGCGGGAGCCGGAGCUCCAAGCCAUCUUCGCGUUCAAUCGGAUUUCGCAGCUCCUCCCCAACCUCCUCCAUCUUGCUCUGGCCGAAAAAGCCCAGGCAAAGGACGACUGCUGGUAUAUUGCAGACGACUCGCCAGCGCUGACUAUCUCGCGCUUUCCCCGCCUCCAAACAUUCACUCUUGUCACCUCCCGCAUCAGUCAGUUCAACGCAACAGAGCCAGACGGCACUGCUGUUCAUGUUGACGAUGCCGGGGCAAUGCAGAUGCUGUGCAGGGCAACGAUGCUUGUGGGAUCAAAGACGCUUCGCCGUCUUAUCAUUGGCAUCCAGCCAAACGAGGACCUCAGGUUCCCAGAGAGGAUGUUCAUCGCGGCCAAAUACCCGCGUGUUAGCAGCGGAGUGGAGAUUCGGCACUUCUGCGUGGCCAAGAUUCAUCCUAUGGCCGUGUCGCAGUUCUUCUGGACUUGA